CCUAGAGGACGUCGAGCGUCUGCCAAAGCGCCUUCGCCGGCCGGCGGGGGGCGGGGGCUUGCGUGCUGACGUUCGCGGAGCGUGCUGGCGCGUCGGGCGGGGAAUAACCGCAGCCGGGCUUCGCACCUCAACUGCCGUGGCUGUUGCGCUCCGUGGUCACUCUUUUAAAAGUCCUGCGAGGCUGUGUGUUAUGCUUCCGGGGGGUCUGUAGUGGGUUGCGCCAAGCAGAGCAUUGGUUCUCACAAUGUCAACGGUCAAGGAGCAGCUUAUUCAGAACCUGGUUGUGGAAGAUAAAACCUCCCAGCAGAAGAUCACCGUCGUCGGGGUCGGUGCGGUGGGCAUGGCUUGCGCCAUUUGUAUCUUAUUGAAGGAUUUGGCUGAUGAACUCGCCCUUGUUGAUGUCGCAGAGGACAAGUUGAAGGGAGAAAUGAUGGAUCUUCAGCAUGGCAGUCUUUUCUUUGCUACUUCAAAGAUUGUUGGUGGAAAAGAUUAUCGUGUAACUGCAAACUCCAAAUUAAUUAUUGUCACAGCAGGUGUACGGCAACAGGAAGGAGAAAGUCGUCUUUCCCUGGUUCAACGUAAUGUGGAUAUCAUGAAAUCAGUUAUUCCUGCCCUGGUCCAAUAUAGUCCCGACUGUAAGAUGCUUAUUGUCUCAAAUCCAGUGGAUAUUUUGACAUAUGUGGUCUGGAAGCUAAGUGGCUUACCUGCCACUCGUAUAAUUGGAAGUGGUUGUAAUCUAGACUCUGCCCGUUUCCGUUACCUGAUUGGAGAGAAGUUGGGUGUCCAUCCCACUAGCUGCCACGGUUGGAUUAUUGGAGAACAUGGUGAUUCUAGUGUGCCCUUAUGGAGUGGGGUGAAUGUCGCUGGUGUUGCUCUGAAGACUCUAAACCCUAACUUAGGAACUGAUUCAGACAAGGACCAAUGGAAAAAUAUCCAUAGACAAGUUGUUCAGAGUGCCUAUGAGAUUAUUAAGCUGAAGGGGUACACCUCUUGGGCUAUUGGCCUAUCUGUGACAAAUCUGGUAGAAUCCAUUUUGAAAAAUCUUAGGAGAGUGCAUUCAGUUUCGACUAUGGUUAAGGGCUCAUAUGGAAUAAAAGAAGAAAUCUUUCUCAGUGUCCCUUGUAUCUUGGGGCAAAGUGGUAUCUCAGAUAUUGUGAAAGUUAACUUGAAUUCUGAGGAGGAGGACCUUUUUAAGAAGAGUGCAAACACACUUUGGGAUAUCCAAAAAGACCUGGUAUUUUAAAGCCUUUUAAUGUUCCACUGUUUUAUAGAAUAGAAGAUAACAAACUGUGUAUUUUACAUUUUGAAAGUAUUUUCAUCUGAUAUGAAAAAUAUAAGAAGGCAUCGGAGACCU